AUGACAGGUGCUGGCGAAGCCACGUGCGGGGAACGCUGCUUUCUUUCUGAUGAAGGGCAGCAAGGAGAGGAGGGUUCGGAAGGGAUACGUUCUGAGAAACGCAUCAUUAGGCAAUUUUGUCGUGUGGAUGUCAUAGAGUGUACUUAUACAAUCCUAGACGGCUGGUUCUCUCCUUUCCAAUCGGAGGCCUCUUCAGCAAACAUACUCCACCAGAUCAUCACUCAGUCCAAGAAGCAUCUAAGCUUGAUCUCCCUCUUUGUAUUCAUUGGAGCUGGAGGUACUGGAGCAGCACUGUAUCUCUUGUGUCUGACAUUGUUCAAUCCAGAUGUUAGUUGGGACAGAAAGAAUAAUCCAGAGCCCUGGAACAAACUGGCUCCCAAUGAUCAAUACAAGUUCUACUCAGUAAAUGUGGAUUACAGCAAACUGAAGAAAGAAGGUCUAGAUUUCUAACAAAUGUUUCACUAUAAAGCUGCUUUAGAAUGAAGGUCUUCCAG